AUUUAAAAAUAAAUUUUAGAUUGUAAACAUUUCCCUAAUCUCAUAUUAACUGAUAUAUUUAAGGGUUUUUUUUUUAUAUAUAUUUUCUACACCUUUUUCAUUUUCUUUCUUAUGGCCGCCAAAAAGUUAUCAACCGUGAGUUUAGCAGAUCUGGUAAAACGUGUUCCCAAAAAUCAAAUGAAGCAAUUUGAGAAAUUUCGAGACAAAACCUUGGAAUAUCAUAGGAGAGUCAAUCAAUUACCAGCUAAAUUGCCUUUCAUAGAUUGGGACUAUUAUCGCAGUAAUGUACGUCAGGAAUAUGUCAACAUGGUCUCGCAAUUCCAAUGUGACUAUGAAGAGCUGGAUUGCACUUUUAACAUGAGACACGAGUUAAAUGAUUUUUCCAAAUACUAUGAGGAAUUGGAAAAACUAACGGAAAAAGUUAAAGAAGAAGUUCGUCAAUACAUUGAAGAAUCGAAUUCCCGCAUUCAAUGUUAUGAGGCUGAACUGAAACGUCUUCGCAGUCUUGUCCCCUAUGAAGAAAUGACAAUGGAACAAUUUGUAACAGAACGCGAAGAUUUGGCGGAGUUUAUACCGCGGCAAGGUAAAGCCUUAUUUUGGCCACACGAUCCUUCUGAACAGCGGGUGGGACCGGCCAGUCCCGAUUUUGACCAGAAUCUUACUAAAAACGUCAAAGGAAAGGGUGAAGUUAAAACCUAAUCAGUGGAAAGGUUGGAAUAUAUUCACUAUUCUAUUUAGGUUGACAUUUUAUUGGUGGGAAAUAAAAAAAAUUUGGCAUGGCCGAACUAGGUA